AUGCCUACCACUGUCAAGCUCGCAGAAUAUUUGUUCCAGCGGUUGGUCCAGCUCGGAAUUGGUUCCGUCCACGGCGUGCCAGGCGACUUCAACCUCACACUCUUGGACUAUGUUGAGCCCGCAGGUCUGAACUGGGUUGGAAACGCAAACGAACUCAACGCCGGUUAUGCAGCGGACGCCUAUGCUCGCAUAAAAGGCAUCUCGGCUCUGAUCACCACCUUUGGAGUCGGAGAGCUCUCAGCGAUCAACGCCAUCGCCGGAGCAUAUGCUGAGCGCGCAGCCCUUGUGCACAUUGUUGGCACACCUCCUCGAGCUACGCAAGAUGGAAGAGCUUUGGUUCAUCACACGUUUGCCGACGGCAACUUCAUUCGGUUUGCUCAGAUGAGCACGCAUGUCACCAUUGCGCAGGCGAGCCUGAGAGAUCCGAGGACUGCUCCCGAGCAAAUCGAUCAGGUGCUCAUACAGUGUCUGUUACACUCAAGGCCGGUGUAUAUUGAGGUUCCGGUGGAUCUUGUGGGUGUGCCUGUACUUUCCGAACGGCUGCAGAAAAAGCUGGAGUUACCAGAAGCGGUGUGGGAUUCUGCACAAGACAAGGCAGUGGAAGCGGUGUUGGAGAAGGUUCAUGCUGCAAAACAGCCUAUUAUCCUAGUCGAUGGCGAGAUCCGUGCUAUGGGCGUUGUUUCCGAUGUCCAAAAUCUGACCAAGAAGACCGGAUGGCCAACCUGGACUACUGGGUUUGCAAAAGGGCUGCUUGAUGAGACAAAUACGAACUUCCAUGGGAUCUACCAGGGAAAGUGGGAGGAGGAAACCACGCGGGAUUUCUUCCAAAGCGCAGAUGUAGUGCUGUGCUUCGGUGCGCAUUUCAGCACAACGAACAGUUGGGGCGGUACCAGUUUACCGGACGUCCAGAAUACGAUCUUCUUUUCUGAUACGGAAAUUCGAAUCGGCACUAAGACAUUCAGAGAUGUACCAAGCAGACAAGCACUUCCAGCCUUACUACAGAAACUUGACACUGGGAAGAUCCAGCGGUACGAGCAUUAUCCAAAACUUCGAAAAGACCAGACUGUCUCAAUUCAAGACACGGAUAAGAAUGGUCCAAUCACACAAGAUAAGGCUUGGAAAGUGCUUGCUACCUUCGUGCGCGAAGGCGAUAUCGUGAUGGGGGAGACGGGAACACCUGGUUAUGGCGCACGAGAGAUGCGUCUUCCACCCAAUACGCGGCUCUUCACGCCUGUCACCUGGCUGUCCAUCGGUUACAUGCUUCCCGCGGCUCAAGGAGCAGCUCUAGCACAACGUGAACGCUCCGCAGGCAAAAAAGCAGGCCGAACGAUAUUACUCAUUGGCGACGGCUCCUUCCAAAUGACUGUUCAAGAACUCGGCACAAUCAUCAAGGAAAAUCUCAAUGUUGUCAUCUUUCUAAUCAACAAUGAUGGAUAUACGAUCGAGCGAUGCAUUCAUGGCGUAGAUGAAAAGUACAACGACGUAGCGAGGUGGCGGUACCUGGAGGCGCUGAGUUUCUUUGGGGCCGACAAAGGCGCGUACACCGCGAGCGCGAGGACCUUCGGUGAGCUCGGUGAGGUGUUGGCUGACGAGAAAUUAAGUGAUGGGGAAGGUGUGAGGAUGGUGGAAGUGUUUAUGGACAAGGAGGAUGCGCCCCAAGGGCCGUUGAAGGACAUGAUAGAGGCCCAAAAAGCCAAGAAAGCGUAA